CUAAGGCAUCCCUAAGAAAUGUUCCUCUUGAAGGGAAACUGUUCAUCUGCUGUCUGCUCUAGAAAAACACUGUGCAUCCUGGUCGGUCUGCAGGGAAACUGGCUCAGUCACUGACUGGGGCUCUAUAAUUUCUGACCCCACCACCCCCUCCCCAAUCAGUUGCCCUCCCCCCACGUUGCCCUCUGACUCACCUGAGACAAGAGAGCAGAGUACCCGCAGAUCCCUCCCCUCUGAGCACUGCUCGUUCACCUGGAGAGAGAGGACAUACGAGACACAGGAUGGACAACAGCUAUGCUUUCUCUCACGCCGUGCUGGCUGCUUGACUCACUUCGGUUUGGUGGAGAAAUACAGAGGAGCGCAGAGAAGCACUCGUGCUCUCCAGGAUUAGAAUUUUAGCGAGAGCCUGUACUGAUCGCAGAAGCGAGGUUUUGCAGGAUGAUCUUGGGAAGCAUCAAUCGAACAGGGGCCAUCCCCACAUUUCUGCGGACCCCAACGGUGAUCCAGCCUCAUCUGGAUAUGAAGCCCUUCCUGCAGUUUCCAAUGGAGACCGCUCCUCCACACAGCGUUGGGCUCUUCCACAAUUUCAAUGCGAUGGAUCCUGUUCAGAAGGCAGUAAUCAACCACACCUUUGGAGUGCCAUUGAUCAAAACCAAACGACCAAUAAUCUCUUGUAACGUCUGCCAGAUCCGAUUCAAUUCAGAGAGUCAGGCAGAAGCCCACUACAAGGGGAACCGCCAUGCUAGGAGAGUCAAAGGUAUCGAGACCUCUAAGAGCCGCCCACAAGAGAGUGAAAAACCUCCUCCUGGGCCCGUCUCUUCUCCUUCACCUACAGGACCCCUGCAGGCCAGAUCAGACACUGACCCCAGCAAAGCAGAUGAGAUGUGGCCCACACCACAGUUAAACGGAUCCAUAUUGGCCCCGGGGCCCUUGGCUGUUUCAGCUUCUCCAACCCCAGAUUCCCCUGGCUCUUCUGCCUGUCCCCUUCUGACCACCCCUACAACCCCUCAACCGCCCCCAGCCUCCUCCUCAUCCCCUGGCUGUGGCUCCACAAACCCAGAGCAGGCAGGCACUGGUGCCUCUGGAGCACCAUCUGUCACCCCCAGCAACCCUGAGACUGAAGAGGACAAAGCCAAGAAGCUGCUUUAUUGCUCACUGUGCAAAGUGGCAGUCAAUUCGCUCUCUCAGUUGGAGGCCCACAAUAAAGGCACUAAACACAAAACCAUUCUGGAAGCCCGCAGUGGACUGGGCCCCAUUAAGGCAUACCCUCGCUUGGGUCCGAAGCCCAGCAGCGAGCAGGGAGGAGGGGCAACAGACCCCAACACUCAGGAACGUACCUUCCACUGUGAAAUCUGCAACGUGCGGGUCAACUCAGAACUGCAGCUUAAACAGCACAUAUCAAGUCGGAGGCACCGGGACGGAGUGGCAGGAAAGCCCAACCCCCUCCUGAGCCGACACAAGAAGCACAGGGGAGCUGACCUUGCUGAUCUCACCAAAGCAUUAGGCGCUGGCCUCCUGCCUAGUCCUCUGGCUGUUGCCGCAGCGAUGGCUGCUGCCGCCUCCUCCAAUGCGUUGGGUCUCCGCGCAGCGGCUCCCACCCCCCAUCCGCAUCAUCACCUCCUGCAGGGUCCGCCCCUCAGCCAUGCCAUCUUGAGACCAGCUCCGGGGCCCAUACGCACCUCACAUGGGCCAAUCCUCUUCUCUCCGUACUGACUCUACGCCCACCUCCUUAGCCAACCACAGCGAGUCGGGAGCCUCACCUCCAAAAGCACACUGUGAAGAAAAUUAUUAUAUUGAAACACCACAGCAAUGACACGAAUCAACUCAUCAACAAUAAAGUCAACUUUUAAAACAAGUAGAAAGGGGGAGAAAAGUGAGAGAAACCAAGAAGGUCUUGUGAAAAGGCUUUCUAACCCUGUUUCCAUCACCCUUUACUGCCUCCUCUGUUAUUUUUGGAUUGAGUGAUUUAUUCAUUGAUGGAUGGAUGAAUGGACAGAUGCAGGGAUUGUUGGAAUAGAGCAAUAUUGUAUGCUGAAUGCAUUUGAUAUUCUUGUUCAUUCUAUUCUGAUCUUCCCUCUAUUUAUAAACACAUACUGUGAGGUAGCAGCAGUCACAUUGUAGCCAGACAUGCUGAAAAUGAAUUAGGUAACUUUAUAGAGACCCCAGAAAACACAUACAAAAACACAAAGACUAUAGUUAACUGUUUCUGUACAUGCUGUAAGCUACAGUACCUUGUCAUUCUGAUUCUGCAUCCUAAACCCUAUGCACCUUGACAAAAAUCUACAGAAACCCUGUUAAAUCAGUAUGUUAGCUGCUUGUAGUAGUCUUCGCUGUAUUCAACUUGUUCCCUGUCUGGCUUUGGCUUCAGAAAGCAUAUUUACAAGAGGAAAACACUUCAAUCUUCAAUGCAGUUUCACCAAUUUCCAUAUCAAGUAGGAAACUGUGGGUAGGCAUGGUCUAAGGAUGCCCAGUUCUUUCAGAAUACUGGCCUGAUUCUAGUUUAGUGAAGCAUCUCCACCAAAUCUAGUGUUUGAAGCAAAAUACAGUGGACUGCAUUGUCAAAAAGGUACUUACCAAAAAGCCAGAUCUCAUACAGAUUAGUUGCAUCUAUAUAGGGAAAGGAGAGAUGUAGAAGAGACACAACAUAUCCCUUUUGUGUAGCUUUUACAUCCCUUAGUGCUAGAAGCAGGUAAUGUGUCUGACUGAAAACACCCCUGACCCCUCUUAGAUCUUAGAAGACCAGUAGAUGUCUAUUUAUUCUAUUGUGUAGCGUAGUUUAGAUUAAAACAUCAAAGCUGGCUGACAUAGAAAAUAUUCAGAAAUGUAUGUAGAGGAUGAUGUAACUGUUAGUAAAUGCUAAAAUAGAUGGACGGGUACUUUGGUUCUCAGAGAAGGCAACAAACCUAAGCACACAUUUGGAUUUACAGGCUCAACUGUUCAUUUGGUCUCUCUAUGUUCUAUGGAAAAUGGAGAUUAUGCAACCCCAGUGAAAAAGUCUGAAAGCUUUUGACAAGCAAUAUGGCCCCCUUUUAAUUCUCUGUCUAAUUUUCUGCCUACAUCCCAGCAAAGGACUGACACCACAGGACUGCCAGCUACUCCAACAGCAUGCUAGAGAGUGUAUAAAAGGAAUGGAGUUUAGUUAAGAGGAUGCAAGGUCACAGAAGACAUGACUGUGCAAUGCCCCUUUUUGGUAUGAACUUCCUGUCGUGAAUCUAAAGCCAUGCAAUGCAUAUUAUUUUUGUUAUUUUAUUAGGAACAAUUAAUGCUAAUGUUUUGUUGUUAUUUUUUGGUUCGUUUUCAUAGCACACUGUUACGUUGAACAAAUAUUGUUGUGGAAAUUCUGAGAAAAAAAAAUCUAAUAAAAACAGGAAUAUUUUUCUAUGGAAGAUUGAAAACCUGCACUUGGGAGAGAUCGAAAUGAGGUGGGAUGUGGACUAACCAUUGUAGAUAAUGUAUUUGGACAAAGUGAAGUACUCAUGGAUGAAAAAAAAAAACAAGCAAGGGUACACUUCUCACACCAAGUACUUUUGGAGAUACCUGGUGCCCUUCCAUUGACAAGCAAAGUGCAACGAUGUCUUACUGUUGUUUGAAUAUUGCAAUGCAAUAAGCAAUUCAAUUUUGUAAUUUGUUGUAGAUGAGCAUAAACCUAAUGUACUGGGUUUUAUAAAUGGUUAUGUAUGCCUGCUGAUAGGCUUCCAUUUCCUUCCACAGAGAUAUUAGCCUUUGCCGUACAGAGGGUGGGAAUUUUGAGCAAGAAAUUUGUACCCAAAGGGACUUGGCCCUUCAUAUUAAAGGGUCUUAUCAAUAUCAGAGUGGGAGACAGGGUAUAAAUCUAAAGCAAACAACGUGUAGUCAGCCAUAGCCUUUUUCAGAUGUUGAUUAGCUUAACCUUUUGUUUGUUCGUGGCAUUGUUGCAUUGUGUAAGAAGCAGGUUUUGUACAUCAUGUUAAUGCCAUUACUUCAUGCUAACUAUGGUUAGCAUCCACCAUUGUGCUUUUGAUGGACUUUACCUCUGUUUGGCGAUGUAUUUAGUUUUCUCAUUAGUACUUAGGCAUUAGGAAGGGUGCUGCAGUUCAUAUUGGUGUGUAUCGUGUAGUGUUUUGUGUGUGUGUACAGACAGAAUCUGGUCUGGGAAAUGAAAGCUUCAAUAGCAUAGGGGCUAGCAAUGGACUAAAUGGAGCUUCUUGCUAUGAGCAGCAUCUGCCUAAUCUAACUAUCUGGGAUAGUUAAUCCAAAAAUGUUUAUUCUGUCAUCAUGUACAUACCCUCAUGUAAUUUUAAACCUAUAUGACUUUCUUCCGUGGAACUCAAAAGUUCAGCAGUUUAGCAGGGUGUUAAGCAUGUUAGCAGAGUCCAGAACAUUCUGUCUGACAUCUACUUUCAUGUUCCACAGAAGAAAGGAAGUCAGACUGGUUUAAAACCACAUGUGGAUGAGUAAAUGACAAGAGAAUUUCGAUUUUUUUGAGUGAACUAUCCCUUUAAACUGCAAAACUGUAAUCAGACAUUUCUAUCCCAAACUUAAUUAUAAUAACAAUGAGAGGGCGAUGUAUUCCUCUGAUUUCAGGGGACAGCUAUUUUAAUAACACCAUGCGCACUGACACAUUCUAUAGUUUGAAACCGGGUGUACUGUCCACUAAAAAGCUGAGCCCAGUAUCACAGCUAAAACAGAUUCACUUAAACCCAUCAGUCAACUCUGUAAAGGCCAUGUUCAUCCUGUAGUCAUCCCUGAAAAAAGUGUAAUCACUGUACAGAAUUGUCUAGAGCUCUUUGGUAGAUUUGUUCAACCUUUCAGGGCAGGUGUAAUGUUGCUGGUGGUCUAUUUUAGCCUUAGCCUUAUUCCACCCUAUAGGCCUCUCCAGAAGCGGACGCGUAACGGAGAAGCUUUGGUCAAAACCUUGUCUUGCCAUUAACGUUAUUUUUUAAUUGAAUUGUCAGAUGGGAAAACAGUAUGUGUGAUGGAACAUAGCAAUAUUCAACCCAUACUGGCUACUCUUGUUUAUUGCAAUAAGGAAAUCAACCAAUAGAUGCAUAUAAGAGUAAAAUAUUAUAGAUGUAAUUUAAAUGAAACACAGAACAUUAUGGAAAUACUGAGUUUUCACAUGAGGGGAAAAAUAAAUAAAUGUCUAAAAAUCAAUAAAGAAUA